AUGAACUACUUCCAAACCACAAAUAUGAUGCAUUCCCUUAUGGGAGCGGGCACGCUCGAUCAUGCAUCUCAGGCAUUUUCAGCAAUGCCUAUCUUCGACGAUUUCUCAAGACAACAGGCACUACAAGACUCGGUAAGGAGGAUGUCUCGUGGAUCCUCCAAUGGGUACAGACCAGCAAGCUCGAUGCGCGUCGUCAAACCAAGCAGCGCCAGCAAUAGCCCACAGGCCAUGCAGCAAAGAAGGAGGACACUGAUGAAUGAUGGAAACAUUGCAAGGCGGCGACAAUAUGCUCUCGAUCAAGCCAUUCUCAACCACCAAAUACAAGGACAAACCUAUGAGGCAUACCAAGAACCAGUAAAAAGAACGUCACGGCCCGUGAGCUGGCAUCCAAGCUCACAUAUCCCACAACAAUCUCAGAUGCAAAUUCAACAGAUGCCCCAGUUCGAUGUAUCACAAUAUAUGAUGUCUUCCACAACUCCAUACACGGAUGUAGACAUAUAUAACGGAUACCAACAAUUCCCGCCUACUCCAGCGGUCUACUCUGGACAAACGUCUCCAAUAUCAUCAUUCUCUCCACUCUCCAUGCCUUUUAUGCCAACCUCGCAGCAACCAAUAUCUCACGGCAUGCCUGCAGACUCCUAUUUGUGGAAUACGCCAACAUAUAUCAACGCCACACCGUUCUGUCCAAGCGGAAGUCCUGAUACGACAGAGUCUUUCCCUGCUUAUGCGAAUCAGUCCUCAAUGGAGUGGGAGGCUUUUGCUGCAAAUGGCUUCAAUACCUGCACAGCACCUCCCACCCCAGAUAAUUAUCAACAAGAAAUCAUUCAGCCGGAAGCUGCUAUGCCUACGGAGGAAGCGAUACCUUACCAGCCGUUAGAUGAGCCAGAGGAGGAGGAGGGAGAAAUCCUGGUUGGAAUGGGGCUCUAUGAUGCUCCAGAAAAAUCAGAGACAGAUCCUGGAUUGGACCAUUACAGGACAACCACCUCAGAUUUGCUAGGAUCGACAUACAGGAAAGGAGCAGGUCUGAAAUUGGAGGAGGCUUGGGAGCCACCGAAGGACGAUGAGUCCUCUAACGAUGAAGACGAUGCAGAGGCAGACGACGAUGACGAUGAUGAGGCUUAA